AUGUCUACUUCUCAUCAUCACCACCAUCAUCCUCCACAUCUCAUCACCACAAUCAUCUUCUUCUUCUUUCUUAACUUCUCUUGCCUCCAUGCAAAUGAAUUCGAGAUUCUUUUAUCAUUCAAAUCCUCAAUUCAAGACCCUCUCAGACACCUCUCUUCCUGGUCUUACUCUUCAACCAAUGAUGUGUGCUUAUGGAACGGUGUCGUUUGCAACAACUUAUCUCGUGUUGUUUCUCUCGAUCUCUCCGGCAAAAACAUCUCCGGCCAACUCCUCACCUCCACUACUUUCCGACUACCCUUUCUACGAACCAUAAAUCUUUCCAACAACAACUUUUCCGGUCCUAUCCCUCACGACAUCUUCACUACUUCAUUUCCUUUUCUUCGUUACCUCAACCUAAGCAACAACAACUUCUCUGGCUCUAUCCCUCGAGGCUUUCUUCCAAAUCUCUACACGUUAGAUCUUUCAAACAACAUUUUAACCGGUGAAAUCUACAACGACAUCGGACUUUUCUCUAACCUUAGAGUCCUCGAUCUCGGUGGAAACAUCUUAACCGGCCCUGUACCAACCUAUCUCGGUAACCUCUCGAGAUUAGAGUUCUUAACAUUGGCUUCCAACCAGUUAACCGGAGGUAUACCAGCGGAGCUAGGACUGAUGAAAAGCUUGAAAUGGAUAUAUUUUGGUUACAACAAUCUCUCUGGAGAAAUACCUUACCAAAUCGGUGGUUUAUCAUCUCUCAACCACCUUGAUCUCGUCUACAACAAUCUCUCUGGACCGAUACCUACUUCACUAGGAGACUUGAAGGAGCUUGAGUACAUGUUUCUCUACCAAAACAAGCUCUCUGGUCAGAUCCCACCGUCCAUCUUCUCUCUCAAAAACCUCAACUCUCUCGACUUUAGCGAUAACUCGCUUUCAGGAGAGAUCCCUGAGCUAGUGGCUCAGUUACAACGUCUACAAGUUCUCCAUCUCUUCUCCAAUAACUUUUCCGGAAAGAUACCUCAAGGAGUAACGUCUUUGCCACGUCUCCAAGUUCUUCAGCUCUGGUCCAACAGAUUUUCCGGGGAAAUUCCGGCGAAUCUUGGGAAACAUAACAACCUCACUGUUCUUGAUCUUUCUACCAACAAUCUCACCGGGAAACUCCCUGAUACUCUCUGUGACUCUGGCCAUCUCACCAAGCUCAUCCUCUUCUUUAACUCUCUGGACGGCGUAAUCCCAGCGAGUUUGGGCGCGUGCAAGAGCUUAGAGCGCGUGAGGCUUCAAAGCAAUGGCUUCUCAGGCAAGUUACCUCGAGGGUUCACUGAGUUGCAACUCGUUAACUUCUUGGACUUAUCAAACAACAACCUCGGAGGUAACAUUGGCACAACAUGGGACAUGCCACAGCUUGAGAUGUUAAACCUCGGAAAGAACAAUUUCUCUGGUGAUUUACCGGAUCUCUCUAGAAGCAAGAGACUAAAGAAGCUCGAUAUAUCAAAGAACAUAAUCUCUGGAAUGGUUCCACUAGGGCUCAUGACGUUCCCGGAACUUAUGGAUUUGGAUUUAAGUGAGAAUGAGAUCACGGGAGUGAUCCCAAGUGAGUUGUCUUCUUGCAAGAACCUAGUGAAUCUUGACAUGAGCCACAACAACCUUACCGGAGAGAUCCCUUCGAGUUUCUCGGAGUUCCCAGUUCUCAGCGAUCUUGAUUUGUCUUGCAACCGAUUAUCUGGCGAGAUUCCGAAGAAUAUAGGGAACAUCGAGUCUCUUGUUCAAGUCAACAUCUCUCAUAAUCUUCUCCACGGAAGCUUACCUUUAACCGGAGCUUUUCUUGCCAUCAACGCAACAGCAGUCGUAGGUAAUACCGAUCUAUGCAGCGUAAAUAACGCAACCGGUUUACGUCCUUGCGAGGUUGAAAGAAAGAGAAGUACGAAGUGUUGGUGGUUUGUCGUUACUUCAACCAUUGUAGCUUUCUUGGUCGUCCUUGUUUCCGGUUUCUUUAUCGCUCUUGUCAUUCAAAGGACGCAUAACGUUUUGGAGGUGAAGAAAGUGGAACAAGAAGAUGGUACAAAGUGGGAAAUUCAAUUCUUCGAUUUAAGAUUCAUGAGAUCCAUUACGGUGAACAUGAUCCUCUCAUCACUCAAGGAACAAAGCGUUAUUGAGGAUAAAAACGGCGUGAGAUUCGUUGUUAAGGAGGUCAAGAAAUAUGAUUCUCUUCCUAAGAUAUCGGAAAUUAGGAAACUUUCUGAGCACAAGAACAUUCUUAAGGUAGUGGCCACGUGCCGGUCGGAACAAGUGGCGUACUUGAUAUAUGAGGACGUCGAAGGGAAACGACUGAGACAAAUUUUGAAUGGUUUGAGUUGGGAGAAACGGAGGAAUGUUAUGAUGGGAAUCGCGGAAGCUCUUCGGUUUCUGCAUUGCCAGUGCUUUCCGGCAGUUGUUGCCGGUCAUUUAUCGCCAGAGAAUAUUGUUGUCGACGUCAAGGAUGAGCCAAGGCUCUGUCUCGGUCUUCCGGGCCUACUUUGCAUGGAUGCUGUUUACAUGGCCCCAGAAACGAGGGAGCACAAAGAGGCGACAAGUACCAAGAGUGACAUAUAUGGUUUUGGAAUCCUCAUGCUCGAUCUCCUCACCGGUAAAAGUUCUCCCGGUGAUGAGGACUUAGAAUUUGGAGUCAACGGAAGUUUGGUCAACUGGGCUAGAUAUUCAUAUUCUAAUUGCCAAGUCGACACGUGGAUCGACUCAUCCAUCGACACAUCCGUGCAUCAGCAUGAGGUCGUCCAUGUCAUGAACUUAGCUUUAAACUGUACGGUCGUUGAUCCACAACAGAGGCCUUGCAUCAAGAACGUGUUGAAAGCGUUAGAGUCUAUCUCUUCGUCAAGUUCUUCUUGCACUACUUUAUUUUCCAAGUUACUAUCGUUGGCUUGA